UUUUAAUCCCAUUUCCUCCCAACCCUUUCUGCGCCGCACACCAACUCUCUUUUUCUCUUCAAUAGAUUCACAAAAUUGGAAAUUCCUGAUAGCUUAAUCCAAGAUCGGGUCAUCACGUAGGAUCCAAGAUCGGGUAUUUCGGGUCAUCACGUAGGAUCCAAGAUCGGGUUUGAUGGAGAAAUUAUGAGCAUCACAUCACUUUUGAAGGAGGAGCAUUUAUUGUGUGUUGGUUGAGGUGGUGUUUUAUCUGAUCGGAGGUGGUAGGUGUUGAUAAACAAAAGUUUGAAAAUGAGUUCAGACAGCGGGAGCCGAAGCAGGAGCAGGAGCCGCAGCCCCAUGGGUCGUAAGAUCCGAUCUGACCGCUUUUCUUACCGUAAUGCACCUUACAGAAGGGAGUCUCGUCGGGGUUUCAGCCAAAGCAAUCUCUGCAAGAACUGCAAACGACCUGGUCACUAUGCUAGAGAGUGCCCUAAUGUGGCUAUUUGUCACAAUUGUAAUCUCCCCGGGCAUAUUGCUUCUGAAUGCACAACCAAGUCUCUAUGCUGGAAUUGCCGUGAACCCGGACACACGGCUAACAACUGUCCAAAUGAGGGAAUCUGCCACACCUGUGGGAAAGCUGGACACCGAGCAAGAGAGUGCACUGCACCCCCAAUGCCACCCGGGGACGUUAGGUUAUGCAAUAAUUGCUACAAGUCUGGACAUAUAGCAGCUGACUGCACAAAUGACAAGGCAUGCAACAACUGUAGGAGACCAGGUCACUUGGCACGGGAGUGUACAAAUGAUCCAAUUUGCAACUUGUGCAACGUAGCCGGACAUGUGGCUAGGCAUUGCCCUAAAGGCAACAUGAUAGGUGAGCGAGGCAGUUUUGGUGGUGGUGGUGGUAGUGGUAGUCGUGGCGGUGGCUAUCGAGAUCAUCAUCAUAGAGAUGUAGUGUGCCGUAACUGCCAUCAAUUUGGUCAUAUAAGCCGGGAUUGCAUGGGACCGUUGAUGAUCUGUCACAACUGUGGUGGAAGAGGACACAUGGCAUAUGAGUGUCCAUCAGGAAGGUAUUUGGACCGUUAUCCUCCUCGGAGGUACUAGAUGAUGAUGCCAGCCAGGUUAUGGCAGUAUCAAAAAAUAUUUUAAUUAGUAACAUGCUUUGUGAUUGAAGAUUUGGAACCCUAUAUGAUAAUAUGAUCUUUUGAUUUGGACUUUAGUGUACUAAUUGCCAAGACUAUGUGAAGCAUAUAUUAUUAUUUUCCAUUAGGAUCUCAGUAUUGGGUAUGGAAUAAAAGGAUUUUAUACUACCUA